GCUGUAAUGGCGGGCGAAUUCUCGCGCGAGUUGUAAAGUGCCGGUUUAAAAUGUGGUUUUGCAAAACGGAUAUCUUUACAUAGGACUAUCCAGAUGACGCUGAAGAAUGACAUCGCUGCUUUUCCACGCCGCCAUUUUGUCCUGUUGUAUUUUUUCUUGGAGUCAUACAAACCCAGAAAGGCUCAGGUUUACCAGAACGUUCUACAACGUGACGACCCCAGAGAACUCUGUCAGUCGCACACUCGUCUCUUCCUCGGAGAGGAUGGGGAUCCACAGAGAAUCACAGGAUGACGUAACUUUCAAGAUCACCUCCGGAGAUCCUGACAGGAUAUUCAAGUUGGAGGACAAACCCAUGGGAGACUUCAUCUUCCUCGUACUCCGCACCAGAGGAGGGAGUUCAGUUGUGCUCAAUCGGGAACGAAAAGAUAAGUUCGUUCUUACAGUCAAGGCCUUUUCUACAAGAAGCAGCUUGGAAGUGACUACGAUCAUUUACGUCAGAGUGUUGGAUCGGAAUGAUCUUAGUCCGAUAUUCUUUCCUUCCUCUUACAACGCUACCCUCCCUGAAGAUUUCCAUCUGUAUAAACCAAUUUUGACGGUUUCUGCUGAAGACGCUGACCUAGGUUUGAACGGGGAAGUAAUAUAUUCCAUCAAGGAGCCUUCAGAGCAUUUUGCUGUACACCCGUUUACUGGGGUCUUGACGUUGACUAACCCACUCAAGUAUGCGGAGAGGUCGGUGUACGAUUUAACUAUUGUUGCUCAAGACCGUGCCACAGUGUUUAGAGGGGGAGGAAAGCCUUCGUUUGCAUCAGUUUCUGUUCGUGUAAGACAAGUAAAUCUGUUUGGGCCUGAAAUCUACGUUUAUGUUCUCCAAGAGCCUUCUGCUCACAGACUGGGCUGGACAUAUGCUGUCGCAAGAGUUUUAGAUAGAGACGAAGGAAUUCAUGGAGAAAUCGAAGAUGUGAAAAUAGUAAAUGGAGAACUUUCUUCAUUUUUCACCGUGGCACAAGUAGAUGAGAAUAAUAACAGGACUGAAUACAAUAUAGUUUUAUUAAAUAGCUUUAAAGGAGAUAUAUUUUCUUUGGUAAAUCUUUCUUUGGAAGUUAUCGACCGAGGAUUCCCUCAAAGGAAAUCUUACAAGGGUAUUUCAUUUAGACUAAAACGUGUUGUAGAUACUGAUCCAAAGUUUUUAAAUGAAUUUUAUGAAAUUCGCGUGCCUGAGUACUUACCACAGGGUUCACCUAUUAUUCGUCUAUCUAUUUUGAAUAAGGAACAGUUUUUAUCAAAUAAAUUUAGUAUUGUUAUAAAAGAAGGAAAUGUCAAUAAAUCGUUUAGGUUUUAUGAUAAAAAGCUUGUUCUGUGUACAAUUAAGCCUCUUGACAGUGAAAAACUUAGAGUCUUUACCUUGUCCUUGGUUAUUGUGGAUAAACAUGGAAAUUCUAUUGGAUCAACAGCCAAGGUAAAAGUGAAUGUCGUAGACUACAAUGACAAUGCUCCAGUUUUCAACGACACUCCGGAAGAAAUAUGGAUAAAUGAAAAUCAGCCAGCUGGAACACACGUUGUAAAAGUGUUAGCCACAGACAAAGAUUCAGAAGACAACGGACAGAUCACAUACAGUUUGGCAAACAUCAAUAGAAUUCCCUUUGAAAUAGAUCCUCUGUCUGGAGUGUUGCGUACAACUCAACCUUUAGAUUACGAAACUGCAAAACAUAUCUAUUUUAUAAAAGUUCGAGCAUCCGACUCAGGGACAGAUUUUAGACGGGAAACAGAGAAAACGUUUACUGUGAGGGUGAGAAACAUUAACGAUAAUAGUCCUGAAUUCACAAAAGCGGAGUGUUCAUUAUCUAUACCACGAAAUUUAAAAGUUGGAUCUGAACUUUUUUCUAUUACGGCGACUGAUUUAGACGAAUCAGACAUUCUUAGCUACUCAGUCUCGUCUACACAUGGUACGAACUGUAUUAAGAUAGAUGCUGCUAAAGGUAUGCUGAGUUUGCAAUGUGAUCUAAACGAACUUUCUACAACGGAAUGGGGUGUUAAUAUUACAGCAAAUGAUGGAAUCCAUAAGGCACAAUCUUACUUAAGGAUUUUCGUUGUUACGAUGCAGCUUGAUUCUGAAGAGCUAAAUCUUGCUCAGUACUCUUGUAGGAAUUUUGACAGUUUGAAAGAAGAACCAAAAAUAAGCAAGUUUAAUUCCUUAUCACUUUUAUCAGGUGAUAUUGACUAUGGAAGCAUUCCUAGUAAUGAUAGAGACAACUUACACUACCCUUUGUUUGAAAACUUACCUGAAAGUUUGAAUAUUAAGGAGUCCAUUCCAGUAGGUGAAAUUGUGUACAAGCUUAGAGCGUUUGACGAUGAUAAAGGAAUCAAUGGGAAAAUUGUGUACGGAUUGACAAGUAGACCAGAAGAUUUUGUGGUAAAAGUUGAUGCGGACUCGGGCGAAAUUAUAGUUUAUAGUGAAAUUAACUACGAAGACCAAAAUAAAUAUUCAUUAAACGUAUCUGUUUGUGAUUUAGGCCUCCCACAAAAGUGCUCUUUUGGAAAUAUCAUCUUGAAUAUAUUAAAUACCAACAGUUUUGCCCCAAAGUUUAAAGAAUCUCACUACAAAUUAAACAUACCAGAAAAUACUGAGAUAGGUGAAACGCUUUUAAAAGUUGAAGCAACAGACGACGAUUUAAAUUUAAGUCAAAAUGUCAGCUACUACAUUACUAGUAACCCACACUUCGCCAUUGACCAAAGUGGUUCAAUAACCCUAAAAACCCCUUUAGACAGAGAAACGUCCAAAACCCAUACGAUAACAGUAAAAGCUGCCGAUGGAGAAGUAAACAGUAACGACACACUUUACACAGAAGUGGUCGUGACGUUUUAUAUACAGGACGUCAACGACAACGUACCUGUCUUUGUAAACACACAUUUAGCUGCAAACGUUCCCGAAGACCUUCCAAUCGGCAGCAUUGUUUUUCUAGUGAUUGCUGUAGACAGAGAUGAAAACGAAAACGGAGAUGUACAUUUUUCCCUUGACAAUGAAUUAUUUAAAAUUGACUCUUUCACAGGAGUGAUUAGACUAAAAUCUAAACUGGAUUUUGAAACUAAAAGUGAACAUAGAUUGGUGGUGACUGCAACUGAUAGGGGCACUCCAGGACUAUCAUCUUCUGAGACUGUCGUGGUAAAGGUUACGGACGUUGAUGAAAACCUUUUCCCUCCAUCGUUUGAGGAGGUGGUUUUUGGAGGGUCGGUGAAGGAGAACCUCCCUGCAGGGACUUUAGUGACAUCGUUAUCUGCAGUGGAUGCCGACGCUACUGGGAGAGACUCUGAGAUGUUUUACUAUCUUCAAGGAGGCAGCGGAUUGGGCCAAUUCACGAUAUCAGAACAAGGUCAAAUCUACACGUCAGCAAUAUUAGAUGCUGAACGUGCAGAUCAUUAUUGGCUGACGGUUGUUGCAAAGGAUUGCGGACUCGUUCCCCUCUCUACCAAAACCCAGGUGUACAUAUCAGUACUCGAUGAGAACGAUCGGUUACCACUCACGGUCGAGCCGUUCUAUACCUUUACAGUGGAAGAAAACCUUCCUUCUCUGACCGUUGUUGGUUACCUGUCAGCUGUGGACGAUGAUGUCAGUGGUACCAACAUACAUACUGGGGACAUCCGAAAGGCUACCAACAUAUCUUACAGUUUGUCCCCAUCGUCGAUAGCUCUCCCGUUCACCGUUGACUCUCAAACAGGACUUAUUUCCACUACCAGACUGCUUGAUCAUGAAGAUGUUAGAGAAUACGUGUUAAAGGUUGUAGUGUCAGACAGAGGUACCCCAAGUCUCACGAGUGAAACUGAUGUUCUUAUAACAGUGUUGGAUGUGAAUGACCACGCUCCUCAGUUCACGCAAGACCAUUAUGUAAUUGAACCUCUCUACAGUCUUCAGAUAUUCCCAUCUGUGGUGGCACUGGACAAAGACGAGGGGAGCAAAGGAAAAGUCGUUUACAGUAUUUCUAUGGACUCUCCAUUUACCAUAAAUUCCGAAACCGGUGCAAUAUUCCCUUUUACAACUCUAAAGGCUGGUGCUGAAUACGAGUGUCAGGUCAAAGCCAGUGAUAAUGGAGUUCCGAGGAGAAGUUCAAUAACGAAAGUCACAGUUUACAUUCCUGAGAGUGCCUCGCCACUUAGCAAAGCUAAACAAGUCAAUAAAGUGAUGGUUAAAGUUCAAGAAAGUUUAAGACCUGGAGAAGUAGUAAUGCAAUUUAACUCCUCAGCAUCCAAUAAAGGUCCGACUGCAUACUUAAUCACGGGAGGAGAUGGAGCUAAUAACUUUGCACUGGUGAGGGAUAGGUUAUUGUUGGUUGGGAAACUGAACUGUGAAACUAUGCAAUCAAUGGCGCUGAACAUAGCUGCCUUGAAUGGGACCAAUAUAUGGAAUACUCAGAUGGAAAUACAAAUUUUGGACGUGAACGAGUACAAUCCGAAGUUUUCCCAAUCUCAUUACUUGCUAAACGUAAGUGAAGACACUCCGGAGGAUUCCAUCUUGACAACAUUUCAAGCCCAAGACAGUGACGUCAACUCCUCCUUUCACUUCUCCCUCCAUAACAGACAUCCAGGAUCCGAUAUGUUCACUCUGGAUCGCAUCACUGGGGACUUGAUUCUUACUGGAUAUUUAGACAGGGAGACAGCAUCAUCCCACUUACUAACAAUACAGGUCUCUGAUGGGGUUGAGAAUCAGAAACAUGGAUACGCUCGUGUCUUGAUCGACGUAGUUGAUGUAAACGAUAAUCCUCCUCGGUUUGCUACUGAAUCAAUGACUUUGAGAGUGUCUGAAGAUUUGGAAAUUGGAGAUGUUGUGGAAACUUUAGUAGCAGCAGAUCUAGAUGUCGGGGAAAAUGGGGAAAUCAAGUACUCCAUCGUAUCAGGUAACAAGAAUGAAACUUUCAAAGUGAAUUCAGAAACGGGAUAUCUGCGACUGAAUAAGGCUCUAGAUACUUAUCGCCUAACAAGUUUCCACCUCAUCAUAAGAGCUAUUGAUAAGGGUUCUCCGCCCUUAGAAGCAAGGUUGAACGUCCUUAUCGAUGUUGUGCCUUCUGAGAAGAAAGGACCAAAAUGUAUAGAAAGUUCACCAUGGACGGAGAUACUUGAGAGUGCAGCAGUAGGAGAUGUUAUAGGGUACAUUAACGUUCAUACCUUGCCGUAUCUCACUUAUGAACUUGUAUCUGGAGACCCCGAGGGUACAUUUAGUGUCAACCCUAGCACAGGAGACAUUGUGCUAACUGCUCCUUUAGACCACGAAACUACUCAACUGUACAACAUUACAGUCCGCAUUACAAGUAGGGCAGGACUGUACACAGACUGUUCUCUAGUCAUAUACGUCACUGACUACAACGACAACACUCCCUUCUUCAAACAAGAAUCUUACAUUGGCUUUGUAAAAGAAGAUGAUCCCAUUGGCUCUUUGGUAAUGUCCGAAAAUGGGCCACUGAAAAUACAAGUGGGAGAUUAUGAUUCUGGAGAGAACGCUAUGUUCGAGUUUCUUUUAAAAGGAAAAGGAAAGGAGUUUUUGAACGUUGACCUAAUCACAGGGACAGUUAGAACUUCUGGUGAAUUAGACUAUGAAACUGUAAAGGAGAUUGAAGUCUUACUAUCAGUACGUGACCUUGGACGACCUUCACUAACCUCAACCGCCCUAGCCUCAGUCAAGGUCAUUGUGAAGGACGUCAACGAUUGUAAACCAAGGUUCCUGCAGAGAGGCUACAAUGUCACAGUGAUGUUACCUACUGAAAAAGACAUAUUUCUAGUGCAGGUGUUGGCAGAAGACGCUGAUACUGAAGAAGUGACUUGGCUGCAAUACACAAUAACAAGUGGCAAUGAAGAUGGUGCAUUCUAUAUGGACAAAAACACCGGUGAAAUUUACAUUGAAGAUCCUGAUAAACUUUAUCCAAGAAGAAUUGUGGUUGGGGUACAUGAUGGUGUUUUCAAGGAUACAACGACGGUGGAUAUCUCAGUAAAGCAUCACCACCCAUCAGCCCUGAGGUUUCAGAAGGACAUUUACCAUGCAGCUGUGAUGGAAAACUCCACAAAGUCAUCAGUGGUGGUCGUCGUCAGUUUACUUGGCUCGUUUAUUGAUGAAAAUAUCCGGUUCUCAAUCCUUAACCGGAAAAGGAACCCGAGUUUCUCGAUCGGCCCAACUUCCGGGAUCGUUUCCACUUCCGGUGCAGUUUUUGAUCGAGAAGAACAAAAUUACUAUAACUUGAUUGUGCAGGCUUAUUCAUUGGACAGAGACCUAAUAGCGUUCACUAAAGUCAACGUGUCCAUUUUAGACGUAAAUGACAAUUGCCCACGGUUUACUAAUACGCCUUACAGGGCGAUUGUGAUGGGGAAUGCAACAAAAGGAGACUUUGUCUUCAAGAUCAGCGCUACCGACUUAGACACUGGAGAGAAUGGAGAAGUUAGGUUUGAGCUUGACCAACCUGGUUCAGAAAUGUUCAGAAUCGGACGUAAGUCAGGGGAGAUUAGAGUGAAGAACUUGGGGCUACAAACCAAACGAGAGAUUACAGUUAAGAUUACUGCUUAUGAUGGAGGCAUCAUACCAUGCUACUCCUCUACAACUAUUGUCGUGUCCGUGGUCGACGCUAGCGCCCCACAGUGGCAGCGGACCGCAUACACAGGUUCUGUAUCGGAAGACGCCAAACUUUUAUCCCCGAUUGCUCUGUCACUCAAGGCAACAGCUGAUCAUAAAGUUGUCUACCAGCUGAUCAACUCGUCUGAUUUUCUAUUACGACAUGACACAGGGGAGCUCCAGGUCUACACAUCUCUGGACAGGGAGAAAUUCCACACUUAUCACCUCCAGGUUCGUGCAACAGACAGUGUAACAGGUUCUUCCUCAGACACUUUGGUAGUCCUGGAGGUCACCGAUAUUAAUGACAAUCCUCCUGUCUUCCUGGAGGAAAGGUACAGUACGAGAGUCCCUGAAGAUGCGCCAGAAGGGACUAUUGUCUUGGGAGUGGUGGCAAUGGAUCUUGAUGCAGGACAUAAUGGAACCGUAAGGUACUCCUUAUUAGACUCACACUUUAAAAUAGAUCCUGUGAACGGAACCUUGGUUCUACUGCGGAGUUUAGACUAUGAAACAAAGAAACACCACACUAUCAAGGUCGUAGCUACUGACAUGGGUGUUCCAUCAUUACUUUCCCAUGUAUACGUGGAUAUUGAAGUGCUUAACGUUAACGACAAUCCACCCGAGUUUUCUUCUUCGACUUCGAAGUUCGUCGUAGCACAGCACGUCAACAGAGGCUUCUUAGUAGGAAAAGUCAUUGCAUAUGACAAAGACAAAGAUAAGAUCAACUUUAGAACAAAGGUUCAGAACGGGGUGUUUCAUAUAGAUGAUUUUGGAGUAAUCACAGUGAGAAAUCCGAAAUUAUUGACUUCCAAUACAAAUUUCCUCAUCAACAUCACAGUAGAAGAUGGCAUUUAUUCAACAAACGGGUUUGUUGAAAUCAACGUCUUGUCAAGUAACAGACAGCCACCUAAAUUUAGUAGAGAUUUUUACGAAACUAAGGUGGAUGAAAACAAGCCAGCUGGAAGCCCAGUGAUAAGAGUAGCAGCUUUUGAUAAGGACUUUGGUAUCUUUGGCAACGUCACCUACUUCCUUCCUCCUCAAAAAAGUACGAAGUUUUUUGCAGUGGAUAAAUAUUCAGGAGAUAUAAAAACACGCACGCCUCUGGACAGGGAGCAAGACCCUUAUCAUGUCAUUCACAUAAUGGCCAAGGAUGGAGGAGGACUGCUAAGCUGGUCAAAGGUCAAGGUCAAUGUCAUUGAUGAAAAUGAUAACAAGCCUUUCUUUGAGCUGCCACAUUACUAUGGCUGUGUUUCCAAAGGAUUAGCUAUAAAUCAAAACAUCAUUAAGCUUACAGCAACUGACAUUGACGAAGGAAUGCAUGGCUCAGCCAGGUACUCCAUUGUUAAUGCUGAACCUCCAGAAGCAAAGACCUGGUUGCACAUUGAACCUGUAAACGGCUCUAUUACGUUGAACAAUCCAAAUCUACUUAGAGGACCAACAAUAAAGUUGACUGUUAGAGCCAGUGACUCAGGAACCCCUCCGCUCUAUUCUGACGUCAUAUUAAGACUGCACACGUCACAUGACAAACAAUCUUCACCGUUGAGAAGUUUUCCCUCGCGAAUGCGCAUUCCUUUGGAUGCUAAACAAGGAUAUAUUGUUCAUCGUUUCGAGGAGAAUCAGCAUCACAAAACAAAAAUGCUUAUAUCCGGACAAGGAGACAUCUUCGGCAUAAAUUCUAACGGAGAGUUAUUUGUAAAAAGACAUCCAAUUCUAAAACAUAACAAAGUAGGACUUCUAGUUCAGGCUCAAAAAGAAGAGUUUGCCAUUUGUGCCUUUUACGAGAUAAAUAUUGAGACUUAUUCGACAAGAAACAACUUGACUUUUGUACAGGAGAGAGUAGAAAUUUCUCUACCGGAAAAUAUUGCUGUCGGAACGUCUGUUUUCAAAGUGGAGAUCAACGAAGACGAACCAACAGUUUUGUUCAGCAUGGCUCCAAGUAAAGUGUUCUCCAUAGACCCUAUGACAGGGUGGAUCACAGUCACCGCUCCACUUGACAGGGAAGACCAAGACUCUCAUGACGUCAUCGUCACCGCAUCUACAUCCCUGACGUCACAAUCUACAUCUGUCGUCAUCAUAAACGUCACUGACGUCAAUGACAAUCCGCAUAUUUUCAACCAGGAUGUUUACCAUGUGGCAGUCAAGGAGGAUUCUCCGACUGGUACCGAGGUGGCCAGGCUGUCAUUGGUUGACCCAGACCUAGCCGAUGACGUCAUUCAUUACGUCAUUUUGGAAGGCGAUGAUGACGCCAUGUUCACCAUGUCUUUCACUGGACAAGUGCUUCUCGCAAAGUCUCUAGAUAGAGAAGCUCAAACUGAUUACUCUUUGGUGGUCAUCGCAAGCGAUGGCGUCUUCAUUGCUUCAACUAUUGUCAACGUUCUCGUCAUUGAUGUGAAUGAUGAACCACACAGCUGUGUACACUCACUCUACAAUAUAUCUUUGGAGGAGUCUUUACCUCCAGGACAUCUCAUCGUUUCCAUCCUGACCUCCGACCCUGACCUUGAAUCAUCCCUGUUGUACCACCUGGCAAGCAAAGAUCAAGCCAAAUUCUACGUCGACAACCACGGGGAUUUAAGACUAAAGCAGUAUUUAGACAGAGAGUUGAAUCCAGAGCACACAGUGGAGGUGACCGUAAAAGACCCACAUCACCCAGAAUGGGUCUGCAGCUCUGUGGUACACAUCAUCGUUAACGAUAUAAACGAUAACACACCAUCGUUCGCAGUCAGCAACGAGACUGUCAUGUUGACAGAAGACGCCAUCGUUGGAAUGAUCGUUACGAAGAUCACUGUUCUAGACUACGAUGAAGGUCUUAACCGCACAAUACACUACGCCCUGGUCAAUCAAAAUGGUCUGUUUAACCUGUCGUCAACCUCAGGUCUCCUAGUUCUAGCUAAACCUUUGCCCAACGGACCAGGUUCUGUGUAUUACGUCACUGUUCGAGCCAGCGACCUGGGCAAACCUUCUUUGUCUUCGGUGUCCACAUUGCAGAUUGUAGUCCUCGGCAUGAAUGAUGAUCCUCCUGUACAACUGUCAGGGACAUUCCAUGUAUCGGUGUCUGAAGAUGCACCAGUCGGAUCGUCAAUUCUUCAGCUACAGUCAGACAGGAGAGUCGUCAUUGAAUUUUCAACUGUUGUCUACACGAUUCUAGAGGGAAACGGGCAGGGAGAGUUCGACAUUGAUAGAAAGUCAGGAUUAUUAACCAUAAGCAAACCUUUAGACUACGAGUCCCACCAGAGCUACCAGCUGUUGAUACUCGCUACGAGUGUUGGGGAGAGCUCUGUCACUAGUUACUCAUCUGUUAACGUGACUGUACUGGACGUCAAUGAUAACACUCCGAUGUUCAAGGUCAACCGGUGGUCCGUCCAGAUCAGAGAAGAUAUUGAAGUUGGCCAGAUUGUUCUGAAGCUGGAAGCAAUCGACAUCGAUUCCGGCUCUAAUGGAAUGAUUCGUUACUCGCUAGACACCGAUUCCAUGCAACAGUUUGCAAUAGAUUCAUUCAAUGGGAUCCUGAUGGUACUUAGCUCUCUAGAUCGAGAAAAGAAAGCUCAAUACAACAUAUCAGUGGUGGCUACAGAUCAGGGAACCAUUUCUCUGUCGUCGACAGCUUAUGUAAACUUGGAAGUACUUGAUGUAAACGACAACCCACCAACAUUUCUUACGCCAAACGUAACUACUGUACUUCAGGCUGACAGGAUGCCAGGCUGGGCUGUUUUUCAUUUUGCUGUGACUGACGCCGACCUCACACUCAAUUCUUCUUUUAUAUUCCACAUUACUGAAGGCAACUCAAAAGACAUGUUUAGAAUAGACAGUGAUGGAACUUUAAGGACUACUGACAAGUUGAAAAUACAGUUAGGAGAACAGCAUACACUAGUGGUCAGGGUAGAAGAUUCUGAAGACCCUACGUUAUCCUCUUCAACCUGGAUAUACAUCAAGGUAGUCGAGCCUUCGAAACACCCGCCAAUUCUUCACCCUAUGAAAGUUUGGGUGGCAAUUUACGAACAACAAUGGAACGGGGGAGACCUUGGCGUGUUAACAUCAAGUGACCUUGACCCGUAUGACAAGCUUGAGUACAGUGUUCCGUCCAACCAUCACUUCUCAGUGGACCCUCGCCAAGGUACACUCAGAGCUAGAAGUAGCCUGGCUCCUGGAGUGUACAAUGUCAACGUGACUGUUUCAGAUGGGAAGUUCACUACAGCAACAAACGUAGUUGUUACAGUUGAACCAUUGAGGCAGGACAUGCUGCAAACAUCUGUGUAUAUCAGACUUUCACCAAGAAUUCGACAGCAAACUGUGGCCUCAAAGCUACCACGGUUUCUGUCAACAUUACAAUCUGCGUUUUUAAGAGAUGUUAGACUAAUAAGUAUUCAAAAUGGUCCUGGCUCAAGUAUUGGUCUUCUGAUUGCGGUGGAUGGAGGUGCAGACCUGCAAGUAGUCCAAGAAGUAAUGGACUCGUGUGGAUUGACCGGAACCACACCACAGUGUGACUGCAGGAACGGUGGAGUGUGUCAAAGACAGUUACAGAUGAUGCCUGAGAAAACAUCCCUGUUGAUGGGAGAAGGUAUCAGUUUUGUGGCCCCGGGACAUUCUUUGGCAUAUUACUGCAUCUGCUCAAUGGGAUAUGCAGGUGAACACUGUGAGGAAAUAAAAUGCCUUUGCCCUCCCCUACAAGUCUGUGUCCCUCAGAAGGUUGGGUUUACUUGUAUCCCGCCUUGCUCAGCCAAUCAGACGUGCCCGGCUGCUAUGACGUCACUAGUCACAUGGUCCGAGCUUGUUAUAUGUAUCUUGGCCUCAACUGCACUAAUUACUGUUGUCGCUGUGUUUGUUGCCUAUGGGAGGAGGUACCGUAGAUCAUCUGACAACAAAGAGAAAAAUAAAAGUUGGGGAAAGCAAAACGACCAGACAAAGAAGAAGUCAAAACUAAGCAAUCUCAUGAUGUCUAAGAAACCACAGAUUUUUACUGGCAGUCCAAACAAUGGUAUUGGACGUAACAAUCUAGAAUGUACUGCAGCAACUGUCAUAGAAGGAGAAGUAAUACCUUUGGACUAUCUGAGAAAUAUCAACCCCUUAACAAAGAUGGAAAAUGACAUUCUUCAUGGCCACAGUUCAGCACCAGACCUCGCUACAUGUCAUGUCACUGAUGUCAUCGUAUUAGAAGAUCCAGCUCGGGGGUUGGCAGCAUUGGACGACCAACUGUCACAGGAAGUUGUCCAGUACGGCUUCCCACCACCAGGGGUGCCAAACUCACUUCCGGAGGAACUCGAAGUCACCUUAUAGCACUAACAAUCUCUUGAAAGAAAACCUAAUUUAAUUAUCAGACACGCUUAAGAAAUGUCACAAGAAACCUUUUCUUUAGCUCUGUGCUUAAUAUUGUAAAACACGUUAAACAGAGGUUCAAUCCCAGUCGAGACACAGGCUUCAGACCAGCAAGGCUAUUGAGUUAUGCACACAUUUAGAUUGACAAAUUAAUAAUUCAUUUACUCAAAUAAUAUCGACAAAACAAUCAUCAUAAUCCACAGUUAGAAGACAAAAUUUCAUUUUAUUGUUAACUUUAUCAAAGAAAAGUUUCAUCAAUUUUUACGUUGUUGUAAAAAAUUCUUUAAAAACUUAAUUUUUUCAUUACAUUAGAAUCGCACAAAAAUAAUUUCACGAACUUCUAAGAUCAUUGAAACUAAUCAAAAUAGUUCAGUAAGAAGCAACGAACCUUGUCGCUAUUUUAUUAUAGCUCUCGUCAUGCAUGACUAGGACUCAGAAAAAAAGCUCAAAAUCUGAAAAUGAUAUUGUAAAUAUUUUUAUACGUUUUAUCUAAAGAGUACCUAUGUAUUGUAAAAUAAAAUAUUUUCUUGAUUGUUA